AUGAGUAUGUUCAAGGAAGCAGUGACCUUCAAGGACGUGGCUGUGGCCUUCACCGAGGAGGAGCUGGGGCUGCUGGACUCUGCCCAGAGGAAGCUGUACCGAGAUGUGAUGGUGGAGAACUUCAGGAACCUGCUCUCCGUGGGACAUUUACCCUUCAAACGCGAUAUAUCACAUGUAGAAAGAGAAGAGCAGCUUUGGAUGAUGAAGGCAACAAACCAAAGAGAGAGAAAUUUAGGAGAGAACAGUCAAAAUGAGUUAAGGACUGUUCAAGACAGAGGAUCAAAUGAAGAGCUUUCCUGCUGGAAAAUCUGGCAUCAAAUUGCAAAUGAUUUAACAAGAUAUCAAGGCUCUAUGAUAAAUAAUUCUCAGUUUCACAAGCAAAGAGAUUCUCCCUGCCAGGUAGAGGCAGGGCUAUCUAUUCAAGUUUCUGAAGAUGAGAACUAUACAGUAAAUCAUAAAGUAGAUGAUUCUAAUGGUACUGGAAAUCCUGAGUAUACAACUUUGAGAACCCAGGAUUCUUGGAGGAAAGCUUUCCUAACUGAGUCACAGAAUUAUCAGAAGAGAGAUCAAGUUUUUAUGAAAACUAAGCUAUGUCAGUGUAAACAGGGUGUUGAUCAAAUCAGAGCACACAAAAAUGAAAAAUUCUAUAGCCCCAAUGAUUAUGGGAAAGAUGGCAUGAAGAUUUCAACAUUUGAUCAGAAUAGCGUGACUCACGCAGGACAGAAACCUUACCAGUGUGAUGAGUAUACAAAAACCUUCAAUGAUAGUUUUGAUUUUCAUCAGCAUAUACAAUCAGGAGAGAAGUCUCUUACAUGUGUCAAGUGUGGAAAAGGCUUCUGUUUUAAUUCAGUUCUACCUGUUCAUCAGAGAGUUCACAUGGGAGAAAAACUUAAGUGUAACAAGUAUAGUAAGGAAUUCAGUCAGAGCUCACAUCUACAGACCCAUCGGAAAGCCUACAUGAUAGAGAAACCAUACAAAUGUAAGCAGUGUGGCAAAAGUUUCGGUCGUAGAUCAGCACUAAAUGUUCAUUGCAAGGUCCACACAGGAGAGAAACCCUAUAAUUGUGAGGAGUGUGGGAGGGCCUUCAGUCAGGCCUCUCAUCUUCAAGAUCACCAGAGACUUCACACUGGGGAGAAACCAUUCAAAUGUGAUGCCUGUGGUAAGAGCUUCAGUCGGAAUUCACAUCUUCAAUCCCAUCAGAGAGUUCAUACAGGAGAGAAACCAUACAAAUGUGAGGAAUGUGGGAAGGGCUUCAUUUGUAGCUCAAAUCUUUACAUUCAUCAGAGGGUUCACACAGGAGAAAAACCCUAUAAAUGUGAGGAAUGUGGUAAAGGCUUUAGUCGGCCUUCAAGUCUUCAGGCCCAUCAGGGAGUCCACACUGGAGAAAAAUCAUUCAUAUGUACUGUGUGUGGGAAAGGCUUUACUUUGAGUUCAAAUCUACAAGCCCAUCAGAGAGUCCACACUGGAGAGAAACCUUACAAAUGUGAAGAAUGUGGGAAGAGCUUCAGGAGGAACUCCCAUUAUCAAGUUCAUCUAGUGGUCCACACAGGAGAGAAACCCUAUAAAUGUGAGGUAUGUGGGAAGGGCUUCAGUCAAAGUUCAUAUCUUCAAAUCCAUCAGAAGGCUCACAGUGUAGAGAAACCCUAUAAAUGUGAGGAGUGUGGGCAGGGCUUUAAUCAGAGCUCACGACUUCAGAUUCACCAACUGGUCCAUACUGGUGAGAAACCAUACAAAUGUGAAGAGUGUGGGAAGGGAUUCAGUCGCAGAGCAGAUCUUAAAAUUCACUGCAGGAUCCACACAGGAGAGAAACCAUAUAAUUGUGAGGAGUGUGGGAAGGUCUUCAGGCAGGCCUCAAAUCUUUUGGCCCAUCAGAGAGUCCACAGUGGAGAAAAACCAUUCAAAUGUGAAGAAUGUGGGAAGAACUUUGGUCGGAGUGCACAUCUUCAAGCCCAUCAAAAAGUCCACACUGGAGAAAAGCCAUAUAAAUGUGAGGAGUGUGGGAAGGGCUUCAAGUGGAGCUUGAAUCUUGACAUGCAUCAGAGGGUACACACGGGAGAGAAACCAUAUAAGUGUGAGGAGUGUGGUAAGUACUUCAGUCAGGCCUCAAGUCUUCAACUUCAUCAGAGUGUGCACACUGGAGAGAAACCAUACAAAUGUGAUGUGUGUGGUAAAGUCUUCAGUCGGUCUUCACAACUACAGUCUCAUCAGAGAGUUCACACAGGGGAAAAACCUUACAAAUGUGAGAUAUGUGGUAAGAGUUUCAGUUGGCGAUCAAAUCUUACAAUUCAUCACAGAAUCCAUGUUGGUGAUAAGUCCUAUAAAAGUAAUAGGGGUGGUAAGAACAUCAGAGAAUUCACACAGGAAAAAAUUCUAUAAAGUGAUUUUUUUUGAA